UAACUUGUUUAACAUUAAUUACUAUAAUAAAAUUAAGUUUUUUAAAAAAAUUUUAUCUUUAACUUUUAACUUUUUAACUUAUCUUUAUCUAUCCCAGACAUAACAUAGACGUUAUAUAAUAAUUAAGUAUGUAUAUAUAUUUAUUUGAAAUCCAUUUUAAGAUGUGAUCGCUCGAGUUAAUUGGUUUUCAUCUAGUUUUCUCAACAGAAAUGGGAUUACAAGAGUCCUGCUGAUGCCUGAUACACGGUUACCAUCAGUUACCAUAACCUCUCAGUACUGGACAGUGCAACUAGUGCAAGUCAAAAGUGGCCUAUACGUUUCGCGCGUGUACACACAUUGUGCAUGCAACACUUAUAAAGUACAGAACGUUGAACGCAGCUUGAAGGCUUGAAUUCGGCGUCAGUCAUGUCACGGCACACGAAUUUGUGUAAAGAUUGAUGCUUCAACAAGCGCUACUGAACAUCGCCGAUAAAUCUCUCAUACUUUCUCGGAGGAUAGAAUGUCAGAGCCAGAGAUAACGAUAGAGGAGGAACUUUCUGCGGAUCUGUUCUCUUCGGAUAUAGAACUCUCGCAGAACACGAGCAAUGCCGUCAAUUCCGACUCGAGCUCCAUGUCUGUUGGUGUUAAUGAGCCCGAACCCGAUGACAACGACGUACCCACGUGGAAGGGCAUGAGCAUGGACGAGAUACGCAGGGGUCUUGGCGUUUACGAAUGCCAAGAGCAUCCACCAAUCAUUGUCUCACCUUGUCACACAGUAUUGUUCAUGUUACCAUUACGUAUGCAAAAUGGACCUCCAAAGCCAUAUCCAACACAUCAAGUAGACAAAUGGAGCCAGGGUUACGUACGAAUGCCACAUUCUACACACAGCUUGUACCCAAUAGAGCAGAGAAGUGGAAGUCGCUCUUGUCGAAAUAGAUGGGAAAUGAUUCAGGAAGCCUUACUAAGAAAUAUCCUUUCCAGCCAACAAUUGGAAGAGGCUAUACUUUCGUACAAUCAAAUAUAUGCGCAGCGCUGGAAUUUUGCAGGGCUCCAUCACUUCUUCUCAGAGAUUUUGGACUCGGAGGAGACAACCAUGUUCUUUGAAACAUUAAUGCCAAAAAUAGUUCAAUUGGCCCUACAACUUCCUGUGCUAUUAACUGGCGCAAUACCUCUGUUGAAACGACACACCAAUGCCUCCAUUAGUUUAAGUCAAUUACAAGUAGCUUCGCUACUGGCAAAUGCAUUUUUUUGCACAUUUCCUAGACGCAAUUCUAGUAAUCCGCAGUCAGAAUAUGCGACAUAUCCAUAUAUUAAUUUUAAUAAAUUGUUCGGUGCCUAUAAUGAAAAACAUAGCCAGUCUGAGUCAUUGAUGGAAAAAAUUAAAUGUCUUUUUCAUUACUUCAGGAGAGUAACAACUAAGGCACCUGAAGGUAUAAUAACAAUCGAACGACGUUACAUUCCAUUGGAAAACUGUCCAAGGUGGAAUUUGCAAGAUCAGAAAUUGUCACCAUUACACAUAACGAGUAAAGGGACCAUUGAAAGCGAAGGAGCUGGACUACUCCAAGUGGACUUUGCCAAUAAAUAUGUGGGCGGAGGCGUGCUAGGCUUAGGCUGUGUGCAGGAAGAAAUACGGUUUGUUAUAUGUCCAGAGCUCAUGGUCACUAUGUUGGUUACGGAAGAACUGGACGAUACGGAGGCGCUUAUUGUCAGCGGUAUUGAACGAUACAGUAAAUACGAAGGGUACAGCAAUACCUUCAAAUGGAAAGGAGAUUUUGUUGAUGAAACACCAAGGGAUAAUAGUGGUAGACGCAUGACGUCAAUCGUCGCUAUCGAUGCCCUUUACUUUAGACAGUCCUCGCUACAGUUCAAUGUAGACAAUAUAAAUCGUGAGCUUAACAAGGCAUACGUUGGAUUCGUCGGAUCUGACGUCUACAAGAACAAUCUGCCCGCCAUCGCGACGGGAAAUUGGGGAUGCGGCGCUUUCCGCGGAAAUCCGAAACUGAAAGUCUUAAUACAGUUAAUGGCUGCUGCGGUUGCAGGUCGAUCAAUGGUCUAUUUUACUUUCGGAGACACAAAGUUGCGAGACGACGUGGCGGCGAUGUAUGCACAUUUGGUUCAUCACGAUAUUGAUAUAGCACGACUUUACUCAAUGCUGUCGGAGUAUCGUCAAGAGUCCGCGUCGAAGGCUCAUUCGGAUUUUUAUUGUUUCUUGUACAAUAGAAGUAGGAUAAAACCAUUGAGCAAAUAUUUCUCGAUGAAGACCGAGUGCAUCUCGACGAAUAUUUCGGUUGAGUGUCUGAAGGAGAUUACUUCAUUCAAGAAAAAUCAAACCGCGAGCUUAUCAAAUAAAGACGUUGAUAACAAACGAUAUCUUUACUCGGCGGCCAAGGAGAAGGAAAUGGCAGAGGAGGAAAAGAUAAUGAAUUGGCUGACAAGUUGCGAGGACGAUAGCAACGACAACGCUAAACUCGAUACCCAGGAUACGUGCGAGAAAACCAAAAGCGAUCCAAAAGAAACGGAUAAUCAUAAAAACGAUGGUUUGGAGGACAAUCAUUCUAUAAAUAACACUGUCGACGGAAAGAACAUACGAAUGGAAGAUCAAAUGUCAAAUAAAUUUGAAGCUGUAAAGUCCUCGAAUUCGAAAGAGUCGAUUGCUCCAUGUCUUGUCGACAAUCAAGACACAUCGAAAAAGAUAAAAACCGAGUUAUCGUCGAAAUCUGCUGAACUGAAUGACAGCGAGUCUGUCAAAGUCUCGAAAGACUGCACUCCAGAAUCAUGUAAGCAAAAAUCGCUCCCGAAAAAGAGUGGCCAGAAGAAGAUCUCUGACUUCUUCCAGCGGAUAUCGUGAAUACUGAACCAGGCCGUCAAACCAAUGCCAAUUAGCUUCUGCGCAUUCUCUUGCUCAUUUCUCUUUGUAAUUAUAAAAUAUUCUGUAUAAUCUUGGACAUUACGAGUCUUGAAAGUUACAAUGUAAAUAAAAUUUUGCGUGGUUACUUGAAACACUUUAACAUUUUCUCAUUUUAUAUAUUCGUUUUUAACAUCUUAUACUUUGUUUUAAAAAAACAGGAAUGUGUAGUUGUAUGAAAUAUACAAGAAUGUAAAAGU